GCAGUUAUAGACUGUGUGUGACAAACAAAUCUGUAUUUUGAAUUUGAAUUGUGUAGCAUUACUUACAUCAAAAAACAAAAAAGAAAAAAAAAAUUGUAGUAAGAAUGCGAGAAAUCAUAAGCCUACACAUUGGGCAAGCAGGAAUUCAAGUUGGAAAUUCAUGUUGGGAGCUUUACUGUUUGGAACAUGAGAUUUCCCCAGAUGGCAUGAUGCCUAGUGACACUUCAGUAGGGAUUGGACAUGAUGCAUUCAACACCUUCUUCAGUGAGACUGGUGCUGGGAAGCAUGUACCAAGGGCUGUGUUUGUUGACUUGGAGCCUACUGUCAUUGAUGAAGUUAGGACUGGAACUUAUAGGCAACUUUUCCACCCUGAGCAGCUUAUUUCUGGCAAGGAAGAUGCUGCUAAUAAUUUUGCUAGAGGACACUAUACUGUUGGCAAGGAAAUUGUGGAUCUAUGCCUCGAUCGUGUGCGUAAAUUGGCUGAUAACUGCACUGGUUUACAAGGAUUUUUGGUGUUCAAUGCUGUUGGUGGUGGAACUGGUUCUGGUCUCGGAUCUUUGUUGUUAGAACGCUUAUCUGUAGACUAUGGAAAGAAAUCAAAGCUUGGGUUCACCAUUUAUCCGUCUCCUCAGGUCUCAACCGCAGUUGUGGAGCCUUAUAACAGUGUACUCUCUACUCAUUCCCUUCUUGAGCACACAGACGUAUCUGUGCUUCUAGACAAUGAAGCUAUAUAUGACAUUUGCCGCAGAUCCUUGGAUAUUGAAAGGCCAACUUACACCAAUCUGAAUCGAUUGAUUUCACAAAUUAUAUCUUCUUUGACAACUUCGUUGAGAUUUGAUGGAGCUAUUAAUGUGGAUAUUACCGAGUUCCAGACUAACCUUGUUCCAUAUCCACGUAUACACUUCAUGCUUUCUUCAUAUGCUCCGGUCAUCUCAGCUGAAAAGGCAUACCAUGAGCAGUUAUCUGUUCCUGAGAUUACAAAUGCUGUUUUUGAGCCUUCAAGCAUGAUGGCUAAGUGUGAUCCUAGGCAUGGGAAAUACAUGGCUUGCUGCUUGAUGUACAGAGGAGAUGUUGUUCCCAAGGAUGUCAAUGCUGCUGUUGCUACUAUCAAAACUAAAAGGACUGUUCAGUUUGUCGACUGGUGUCCAACCGGCUUCAAAUGUGGUAUUAACUACCAGCCUCCAUCAGUGGUUCCCGGAGGUGAUCUCGCGAAGGUGCAGCGUGCUGUCUGCAUGAUCAGCAAUAACACAGCAGUGGCGGAGGUGUUCUCUCGAAUUGACCACAAGUUUGAUCUCAUGUAUGCCAAGAGGGCAUUUGUUCACUGGUAUGUUGGUGAAGGCAUGGAAGAAGGGGAAUUCUCAGAGGCCCGUGAAGAUCUGGCUGCCCUUGAGAAGGAUUACGAGGAAGUUGGUGCUGAAGGUGGAGAUGAUGAAGAAGAAGGCGAAGAUUAUUGAUAAUCUGUUGCAGUAGGUAUUUCAGAUUCAAUCUGUUAGUAUAUUUCAACUAUGGUUUUUGUGAUAUGUAUUGGUGUUAUCGUUCACAUUGUGUAGUUUUAGGGAAAUGAAUGUUGUGAAAUGUGUUUUUGUGAUGUCAAGUAUGCGCCAUUAUCAUGAGAAUUUGCUAUUGCUCUACAAUUUAUUAUUUAUCUGCUACUUCCUUUCUAUGAAAUUUAUAUUGAUUUA